AGAAUGACCAAGAAACGACACGACAAGAAUUUUAUACAUAUUAUAGAUUACGUUCAAGUCAAAAUAUAAUAAAAUGUUUUGGUAUAAUGUCAUUACCAAAUCAAAACUUAUCAUUAAUAUUUGAAUAUGCAUCUAAAGGCAAUUUACAUGAUCAUCUAAAAUCUUCUUCAUUAACUUGGGAAGAAAAAUUUAAAUUAUUAAAUGAAAUAUUAUUAGGAUUAGAUUAUUGUCAUGAAAAACAUAUUUUACACUUAAAUUUAAAAUUAUCAAAUAUAUUAGUGACGGAUGAUGGUAUAAUUAAAUUAACCGAUUUUGCAGUCAAAGGAGGAGUAAAUAAAAAAGAUGAUGGUGAAAAAAAAAGUUUUAAAAAAGAUUCUUUAUGUUGGCUGGCUCCAGAAAGAAUUUGUAAAGAUGAAAAUAUUAAUUCAUGGCUUGUAAAGAAAUCUAAAAUCUCAAAAAUUUUAACUUGUAGUCGUAUGUGACGGAAUGAUUCCAUAUGAGAAUUUGGAAAGUGAGAAUAUAGAGAAAGAAAAAUCUAAUGUUAAUACUAUUCAAGAUUUAAAUGAAAAACUUCCAAAAGAUUGUCCUAAAAAUUAUAUUA